AAAACAAAAAGUCGUGGGGAAAUCCGGAAGGACAAAAAAAAAUUGAGGCUACGCGUUCAUGUUCUUGUUGCGUGCUCUUGAUAGGGAAGCCAAAACGUACGUACAGAGAGACAGAGAGAGAAACCGAGGGAGAGAAACUUGAGAAAGUGCGAGAAACUGAGGGGGAAAAUUGUUGCAGAGGAAGGGUUGGUGUCGUUCACGAUCUUCUUCCCGCCAUUGCUUAAUCCUCUGCAACCACAUUUUACCAUGUGACCUCAUUCCCUCAUUCAUUAGCCUCCAAAACAAGAUUUUCUCCUACGGUGAGAGGGCGCGCGGAAGUCCGUACAGUUAGAGCGCGAAAGCGGAGCAAUAGCACUCGUGCCUGGUUCAAAUCCGAGUUCAAGGAAGGUUUCGGGCAAUUGAGACCGAUAUUGGAUUGGAGGGAUUUAUGGUUUGGUCGCAUUGGGUGGUGGUUGUGGUUGAGGGAAUUUAGGGUUUAUUAGCUGAGCCUCGGAUCUCAGUCUCGUCAAAUUUUCGUUCGCAAAUGGUUACUCAAGCCAAUUUAGUGGUUGGAUCUCUUGUUUGGGUGGAGGAUCCUGAGGUAUCUUGGAUAGAUGGUGAAGUUGUGGAAGUUAAUGGUGAAGAUUUAAAAACAAACUGUACAUCAGGGAGGACGGUUGUGGCUAAAGCAUCCAAUGUCUAUCCAAAGGAUCCUGAAUUUCCUCCAUGUGGUGUUGAUGACAUGACGAGGCUGGCUUAUCUGCAUGAACCAGGGGUUCUGCAGAAUUUAAGAUGUCGCUAUGAUAUAAAUGAAAUAUAUACUUACACAGGAAAUAUAUUGAUAGCUGUCAACCCAUUUCAAAGGCUACCUCAUUUAUAUGAUAAGCAUAUGAUGGAACAGUAUAAAGGGGCAGCUAUAGGUGAGCUGAGCCCACAUCCUUUUGCUAUUGCAGAUGCUGCAUACAGAUUGAUGAUGAAUGAGGGAAUAAGCCAGUCAAUUUUGGUUAGUGGGGAAAGUGGAGCUGGUAAAACAGAAAGUACAAAAAUGCUUAUGCGUUAUCUAGCCUAUAUGGGAGGUAAAGCUGCAGCUGAGGGACGGCGGUCAGUUGAGCAGCAAGUCCUAGAGUCCAACCCUGUUCUAGAAGCAUUUGGUAAUGCAAAGACGGUCAGAAACAAUAAUUCAAGUCGAUUCGGUAAGUUCGUGGAGAUUCAGUUCAACCAAAGGGGGAAAAUUUCUGGAGCUGCCAUCAGAACUUAUUUACUAGAACGAUCUCGUGUUUGUCAAGUGUCUGAUCCUGAACGAAAUUAUCAUUGCUUUUAUAUGCUUUGUGCUGCACCACCAGAGGAUGUUGAGAAGUUCAAAUUGGGCAACCCAAGAGCAUUCCAUUAUCUAAAUCAAUCAAAUUGCUAUGAGCUGGAUGGAGUGGAUGAUUCUAAGGAGUACCUUGCAACUAGAAAAGCUAUGGAUGUUGUUGGGAUCAGUUCUGAUGAGCAGGAUGCAAUAUUCCGAGUUGUUGCUGCAAUACUCCAUUUGGGCAACGUUGAGUUUGCAAAGGGGAAAGAAAUAGAUUCUUCUGAACCCAAAGAUGAUAAAUCUUGGUUCCAUCUCAAAACAGCAGCUGAACUUUUCAUGUGUGAUGAGAAGUCUCUUGAAGACUCAUUAUGCAAACGUGUGAUUGUGACGCGUGAUGAGACCAUAACAAAAUGGAUCGAUCCAGAGUCUGCAGCACUCAGUAGAGAUGCUUUGGCAAAAAUUGUUUAUUCAAGGUUAUUUGAUUGGCUCGUGAACAAGAUUAAUAAUUCUAUCGGUCAAGAUCCUGAUUCAAAAAACUUGAUUGGGGUUCUCGAUAUUUAUGGAUUUGAGAGUUUCAAGACAAACAGCUUUGAGCAAUUUUGUAUCAAUUUGACAAAUGAAAAACUGCAGCAACAUUUCAACCAGCAUGUUUUCAAGAUGGAGCAAGAAGAGUAUACAAAAGAAGAAAUCGACUGGAGUUAUAUAGAGUUCAUUGAUAACCAGGAUGUGCUUGAUCUCAUUGAAAAGAAACCGGGUGGCAUCAUUGCUCUUCUGGAUGAGGCUUGUAUGUUUCCCAGAUCAACACAUGAGACAUUUGCAGAAAAACUCUACCAAACUUUUAAAGACCAUAAACGCUUUAGCAAGCCAAAGUUGUCACGUAGUAGCUUCACCAUUUGUCAUUAUGCUGGUGAUGUCACGUAUCAAACUGAGCUCUUCCUCGAUAAGAACAAAGACUAUGUCAUUGCGGAGCAUCAAGCACUCCUGAGCUAUUCCAAGUGCUCCUUUGUUUCAGGCUUGUUCCCACCUUUAGCUGAAGAAUCUUCCAAAUCAUCAAAGUUCUCAUCAAUGGGUUCUCGGUUUAAGCAACAAUUGCAAGCUUUGCUUGAGAUACUGAGUGCCACUGAGCCACACUACAUUCGUUGUGUAAAGCCAAAUAAUCUUCUCAAGCCAGCCAUAUUUGAGAAUAGUAACAUUUUACAGCAACUCCUCUGUGGGGGAGUCAUGGAGGCAAUUAGGAUCAGUUGUGCUGGAUAUCCCACUAGGAAGACUUUUGAUGAUUUUUUACGUCGUUUUGGCAUCUUGGCACCUGAUGUUUUAGAUGGAAGCUAUGAUGAAGUUAUUGCUUGCAAGAGGCUUCUUGAGAAGGUGAAUCUUAAAGGCUAUCAGAUUGGCAAGACGAAAGUGUUUCUUAGAGCAGGUCAAAUGGCAGAACUAGAUGGUUACCGAAGUGAGGUCUUAGGGAGAUCGGCAAGCAUCAUCCAGAGAAAAGUUCGUUCAUAUUUGUGUCACAAAAGAUUCAUCUUGUUGCGGCUGUCUGCCAUACAAAUCCAAGCCUUGUGUAGAGGACAAGUUGCAUGCCAGAAGUAUGAAAGCUUGAGAAGGGAAGGCGCUUCUUUGAAAAUCCAGAGACAUUGUCGCAUGUAUCUUUCUAGGCAUGCUUAUAAGAAUUUGUGCUCUUCAGCUGUUUGUUUACAGACUGGUAUGCGUGGGAUGGCUGCUUGUAAUGAGCUUAGGUUGAGGAAGCGGACAAGAGCUGCAAUUGUUAUCCAGAGUCAAUGCCGAAGAUAUUUGACCCGCCUUCAUUAUUUAAGGAUAAAGAAAGCAGCAAUUGCCACACAAUGUGCCUGGAGAGCAAGGGUUGCACGUAGAGAAUUUCGGAAGCUUAAAAUGGCUGCUAAGGAAACUGGUGCUCUCCAAGCUGCCAAAAAUAAGCUGGAAAAGCAAGUUGAAGAGCUGACCUGGCGUCUGCAGCUGGAGAAAAGAAUGAGGGCUGACCUUGAAGAAUCCAAAACACAGGAAAAUAGAAAAUUGCAGUCUGCUUUAGAAGAGACGCAACAUCAAUUUCAAGAAACUAAAGAACUACUUAUGAAGGAACUUGAGGUUGCCAAGACAACUGCUGAACAGGUUCCAGUUGUAUUUGAGGUUCCUGUUAUUGACCAUGAAAUGUUCAAUAAGCUUGCUGCUGAAAAUGAAGAGCUCAAGGUUCUGGUAAACUCUCUGGAAAAGAAAAUUGAUGAAACAGAGAGGAAGUACGAAGAAACAAACAAGAUUAGUGAAGAGCGGUUGAAGCAAGCUUUGGAGGCAGAGUCAAAGAUAAUUGAAUUGAAGACUGCCAUGCAAAGACUUGAAGAAAGACUUUCUGACAUGGAAAUUGAGGACCAAAUGCUGCAUCAACAAGCAUUAUUAAAUUCACCUGUUAGAAAAAUGUCAGAACAUUUAGCAAUUACAACACCUCUGCAAAAUGGUUAUCAUGAACCACAGAGUGCUCCACCAGCAAUAAAAAUUGGUACAGAGUCUUUGAGGAGAUCGCAAAUAGAAAGGCAGCAUGAGAGUAUAGAUGCUCUUAUCAAAUGUGUUACACAAGAUCUUGGGUUUAGUGAAGGAAAACCAGUUGGGGCAUUUACCGUAUACAAAUGUCUUCUUCACUGGAGGUCAUUUGAAGCAGAAAGAACUAGUGUAUUUGAUCGCCUUAUUCAGUUGAUUGGCUCUGCAAUAGAGAACCAGGAUAACAACAAUCUUAUGGCUUAUUGGUUAACCAACACAUCUACAUUGUUGUUCUUGCUCCAACGGAGUUUAACAGCCAGCAAUGGAACUGCAAUGCGGAAGCCUUCUGCUCGGACAUCAUUAUUUGGGAGGAUGACCCAAGGUUUCCGUUCUUCAGCCAAUCUUUCUGUUGGUCCAAUGGAUAUUGUGCGUCAUGUCGAGGCGAAAUAUCCAGCUUUGCUUUUUAAGCAGCAGCUUAUAGCAUAUGUGGAAAAGAUAUAUGGAAUUAUCCGAGAGAACAUGAAGAAGGACAUGUUACAAAUAGUUCCUUCUUGUAUCCAGGCACCCAGAACAUCAAGAGGAAGUGUUUCAAAAUCAUCUGGACGGUCUAAUAGCAAUAGUGGCCCAGCUAGUCCCUGGCACAGAAUCAUUGAGAGCCUUGAUGACCUUCUUUGUACAUUAAAAGAAAAUUGUGUGCCUCCAGUUUUUGUUCAGAAGAUAUUCUCUCAGAUUUUCUCAUUUAUCAAUGUACAGAUCUUUAAUAGCCUUCUCCUUCGUCGAGAGCGCUGCACAUUCAGCAAUGGGGAAUAUGUGAAGUCUGGGUUGGCUGAAUUAGAACUAUGGUGUUGCCAAGCAACAGAAGAGUAUGCUGGCUCAUCAUGGGAUGAACUCAAACAUGCAAGGCAGGCAGUGGGAUUCUUGGUUAUACACCAAAAGUCUAGAAUUUCCUACGACGAAAUUGCAAAUGACCUCUGUCCUAUCCUGAGUGUUCACCAGCUUUACAGAAUAUGUACACAAUACUGGGAUGACAAUUACAACACUCGAAGUGUAUCACCAGAUGUCAUUUCCAGCAUGAAGAUUCUAAUGACAGAGGACUCCAAUAAUGAUCAUAGCAACUCUUUUUUGUUGGAUGAUAAUUCCAGCAAUCCUUUCUCAGUUGACGACAUUUCCUGUUCCCUUCAAGAGAAGCAUUUUUCUGAUAUAAGGCCUCCUGCAGAACUCUUGAAGAAUCCAGCCUUCCAAUUUUUACAGGAUUAAGGCCGUGGUUCUUUUAGCAUUUUGUCAAAGAUUUGACUGAAGAUUCGACUCUGGUCAAUGCCACACUGUAAAUUCACCCCCCAUUUUUGUUUUUUUUAUCCUUUUUUUAUAUUUUUCCCCCUUCAUUGUGACAUCCGCUGCCCUGGAGUUCAAUAUUAUUCAAAAUAGAAAUGUAAAAGUUCAUUAGGCUGGUUCAGAUAGUUAAAGGGGCAGGGAUAGGUUUUACUCUUGAGUGCACUUUGUUUUCUUCUGCAUUUUCCUUUCAUUUUUUUUUCUUAGUAAUGGGUCACUUGGCCGGGGCCAGCAUUCUUUGUAGGGAUGGUAGAGGGAAGAAAAUUAUCAAUAGUGAGGUGGGAGGAGCUGAUCUUAAGUGCUGUUCCAGUCCCCCACAUAAUGUACAAAGCAACAGAAUAUGUCGAGAUAGUGUAGUUGGUUUGUUUUCUUCA